UAGCGCGCCGCCAUCCCUCCCCUCCCGCUCUCAGACAUCACAAUCCCACCUUGUCACAACGAUUUAGGGUCACUUCCUCAGACGGGAAGGUGCUCCUCGCCGUGGACCCAGCCACCCAACCCCCGCCACCUCUGGAUCCCCCCCCCUCUAUCACUAUCUCCCUCCCACUCUAUCUCGGUGUUUUAUGUCUGCGUCACAACAAGUCGGUCGAGAGCGAGAGGCAGGGAUGAUGGCGUCUCUGGCGGCUUGAUUCCGGUGCUGCUCUGACAAACCCCGCGUUAAUAGCAUCAAUAGGUGGUGGCGGAGAGGAGGAGGAGGAGGGGGGGCAGAGAGCAAAAGCGACGGGAACAUGACGAAACGGCAUCGCGGAGGACGGACAAACUAGGUUGAGAGACGGACGGACAGUCAGUCGCCCCCCCCCCAACACACACACUCACUCCUCCUCCCCCUCCUCCUCGCUGACGGCUUGACUGACACACACAGGCGCUUGGCACAGACAGGGACAUACAUGCACAUCAUCCACUUUUUGCAAACACGCAGGCUGCGCAUCCGAGCGGGCAGUAAUUGGGCAGCGGAGAUCCACAGCAGAUGAGGGCAUUUCAUGUCCAGCCUGCCCAGGAAUCACUGUGACCCCGACGGAAAGGAGUUCGACUUGACAGGAUGGGGGGAGUAAGUGAAGGAGAUGAUGUGUUGGCUCGAUGGAGUGAUGGACUACUGUACCUCGGCAAUGUGAAAAGAGUAGAUGGAGUCAAGCAAUGCUGUCUGGUGAGAUUUGAGGACAACUCGGAGUUCUGGGUACUGAGAAAGGACAUUCACUCGUUCGCUGCUGGAGUGGAAGAAGUUUGCUGUAUUUGUGACGCUCCGCCUCUUAAAGAACCCCUCAUAAAUUGUCUUAAAUGUCGCCACGGUUAUCAUCCAGAGUGCCACACGCCAACCAUCGAACCGGAAGCUGACAGCGAUUCGUGGAUAUGUCGGCAAUGUGUCUUUGCAGUCGCAACCAAGAGAGGUGGGGCCCUCAAACGGGGACGCUUCGCCCGGCUCAUGCAGUUUAUGAAACUCCGGCUCCCUUACCAGCUGUCAUCUUUAGACUGGGACCCGCAGCAUCUGACCAAUCAGCAACAGUGUUACUGCUACUGUGCCGGACCUGGAGAGUGGAACCUAAAGAUGUUACAGUGUGGAAGCUGUGGUCAGUGGUUCCACGAGGCCUGCACACAGUGUCUAACCAAGCCAUUGCUGUAUGGGGACAGGUUUUAUCAGUUCCAGUGCUCUGUAUGUACAAAAGGACCAGAGACCAUCCAAAGACUACCCAUGACCUGGGUGGAUUUGGCUCAUUUAGUGCUCUACCAUCUCUCGCUGUGCUGCAAGAGGAAAUACUUUGAUUUUGACCAUGAAAUCCUGUCCUUCACCAAUGAGAAUUGGGACUCGUUGCUCCUAGGCGCGCUUUCUGACACGCCGAAGCAGGACCGCUGUCACAAUCUCCUCAACGCUCUGAACUCCCACAAGGACAGGUUCGUCUCGGGGAAGGAGAUCAAGAAGAAGAAGUGUCUAUUUGGGCUUCAGGUCCGAGCCCCACCUCCGCUGACGUCUGAUUCGUCUCCCCUCAUCACCGACCCACCUAUCAACAUCACACACCGGAGAAGCCCGCUGUCACUACCCUGCCAGAGGAGAGUGGGGGGACCCGAGUCACGUAAAUCAAAGCGUCGCAUCAUAGAGACACAGGUCAGUGCCUCUGUCUCCAACUCAGGGGAGGGGGCUUGUCCACCUCCAGUUGCUGCCAACCCCAUUGAACUACUGCCAUGUUGCCAUGGUUACAUGGGAGGGGCCAGCCUGUACAACUCCAGGAAGUCAGAGGAGGAGCUUAACUUGAGCUCUCCUCCCAAACGGAUGUACGCCCUGUACCACACCACUUACAAUGGAAACACUGCGCUCUCCAGGAGUCUCCAUCACUACAACAGCAUGGAGGACACCUGCAGGUUACCACCACCGUGCUUCCCAUACCCCCUCAACUCCAAUGGCAGCCAUCACCACCACCACCUCCACCAGCACCAUCACACCCACCAACACAACCACCAACACAAUCACCAACACAGUCACCAACACAACCACCAACACAACCACCAACACAAUCACCAACACAACCACCAACACCAGCCGGGGCAGAAGCAGCUGGAACCGCUCAUCCUACGUGAUCUGCCCCCUUACCAGGCCAGCGUGGGCGGAGGGGGUGGCAUAGGUGGAGGAGGAGGAGGAGGAUGCGGCGGAGGGGGAGGAGUUGGCGGCGGUGGAGGAGGAGGAGGAGGAGGUGGAGGAGGAGGGGGUAUAGGAGUUGGAGGAGGCGGCGGGACAGUGGCCAGGAGCUGGGGCGGAGGGGAGGCGGUGAGGAUCUUGGCGAGACGCGUCACACCAGACGGGAAGGUUCAGUACCUGGUGGAGUGGGAGAACGUGAGUUUGUACUGAGACGAAGAGAGUAAACACGAGACGCAAUGACUGUUUUUGCAGUUGCCACAGGAAUACUGUGUAUGUAAUAUGUGGCAGUGUUUAAAGUACAAACAAAACAAAAAGAAAAAAAAAAUCCCUACACGUUGCAAAAUCCAGGUUGCUCUCAUAGUAUCACCUCUAUUCUACAUCAUUAUAACCUCACUACUCGUUACUAAAUGUCCCUCUUUGCUAGUGUUUCUCUGAUAUUUGUACUGUUAACUUUGGAAUAUGCCUUUGCAUUUAUCAUGUUUUACAGUGAUGAGAGAAAGUAUUUAAACCUCCUCC